UCGAGUGGCAAGGACUAUUAAGUCUGCGGCGGAAACGCAAGCAAAGUGCAGCUCUCAAGCAACUUUUAAAGUGAAUGGUUAAGCAACAAGUGCACAACUAAAUCUGCUUAUAAUGAAUGUUUCAUAUUUGUGCGCAAUUGUCUGCCAAUUUGCGUUGUGGCUGUCUGUCAGGGCUGACACGCAGCAGCUGCAGCUGCAGCCAGCGCCGCAACUGUCUCGCAUUGAAAACUGCGGCAGUACCGAGAAAAUGGUUGACUCUUGUUUCAAGGACUUACCACCACAUUUAAUGGAAUUUCUGCAGAAUACUAAAAUAGUCAUUAGCAAGCAGGAGAUUAUAGACAAAUGCAAUGUUUUCAAUCGCGGCAUGAAAUGCUUUGAUGCCUACUCAGCACGUUGUCUGCAGAAUCGCAAGUUGAAUUUGCUCAAAAAUAAUGUCGAGGGCGCACGCAGAUUCUUUCAAAAGUUCUGCAACGAUGAGGACUUUCAGCGAGAUUAUCUGCGACACAAGGACUGCUUCACAUAUAUACAAGUGGAUUGGAUUGCGUGCACCACAGACUUUGAGAAUAUGCUCACCGAUGAUUUGCAUGAUGACGGGCGCAAUGUGACCGACAAGUUUAUGAAUUUCUGCUGUGCACGUUACGCAUACGAGAACUGCAUUUACAAUAGCGCGCGCUACAAGUGUUACAAGCAUUCGGCUGAGUUUGCACGUGAAACGGCGAAAAUGCUGUCGGACGAGAAGCAUUUCACCAACUGCCGCUACCUGGAGAGCGUCUGUUCGUUGGCGCAGCGUCCGCUUUGCAACUGGCGCAGCCUCUUGCCCUUACUAUGCCUGGUACUCAGCGUUUUACUGCGCUACUGGCCGUAAGUCUAUUUUUGGCGCAAAUUGUUGUGCCAUUGCUGCUGCUGAUGUUCUAGGUUGUCCAAUUUGUUAAUGCAUAGCAUUUGAGCUGGAAGUUGAUUGGGCGUGUGAUUCUCUGAGGGUGUGGAUGGGUACUGGGUCGAACAGCGACAUACAACUAUGUGAGUUUCUAAGCUAAGCUACUAUAUUUAUUUUUUAUGUACAUA